UGGAUGAAAUUUGAUCAGAAAAGAAGAGGAAAAUGGAAAGGGAAUAGAUUGAAGUUCCCAUAGGCAUAUUAUAUUGGGAUUAGUAGUAUCGUCCAAAUGUCUCGGCGACCAGCAAAACCUCGGCCCGAGUAAAAAUGGCUUUUGGAGAUUGAACUCGGCCCGAGUAAAAUUGGCUUCGGAGCUAUCACAAUCACAAACAACUGAAGCAGCCUUUUGCCUUCCUUUCAAUGGCCAAUUCUAAACCCUAAACCCUGAAACCCAAUCGGAAAUGAAGUUUUCUAGAAAAUGUUAUUCAGAACAACCAUCAAACACCUUCAAUUCAACCGCCGGACCUUCGUAAAUUCAUCCUCUUUUGCUCCCUUUAACUCCUCCUCCCCCGCCCUUCACUCACCACACCCUCCUUCCAUAUCCCUUCGAUUACAAAAUCCUCCCCAUCUUCACGAUGAAGAUCCCUACUCUCACCUCAAAGAAGACCCAAUCGACAUCUGCUCCUCUAUUUGGCUCAAAGCCUUCGCUUCCCUUCCCAACAGUUCAUUCUCUCAUCUAUCAUCCUUUCUUUCCAAAUUCGAUUUAUGGGUACUGGCUUAUCAGCGUUCCUGUGCGGAUUUGACCGGAAAUUUCCCUCCUCGCAAUGCCAUUCAUUCUCACGUUCUACGCGACCUUCUUUCUCUUCGCAAUGCUGUGAUCAACGGGAAAUUUUCGUGGAACAGGAAGGCUAAUCAGUUAAUUCGAUGCCCAAAUGAUAAGUCUCGGACCCAUCUCAUUUCCAAGCGUAAGCUUCGAGCUAUGCUUGAGUCUGAUGAGCCUUGUUUUCAGGACAGGGUCGUUCAGGAAGUGUUGUUGAAUGUGUUAGAGCCUUUUUUUGAAGCUCGGUUCUCGUUGAAAUCGCACGCGUUUCGCCCUGGCCGGAAUGCUCAUUCUUUCAUUCGAGCCAUCAGAAGUAACUUCGCUGGGUACCUCUGGUUCUUAAAAGCGGAUUUGAGUGAAGUUCUUAGCCAUAUUGAUGAAAAUGUGGUGAUGGGUUCCUUAGAGAAGGCUGUUAAGGAUAAAAAAAUUUUGCGUUUGGUCAAGUCUGCGCUUCAAUCACCGAGGAAGACAAGGCCACGAGUUGAAGAUAAUGAGGAGAUGAUGAAGAAGAAGAAAAACAAAGGGGCUAUGAAGAAGAAGAAAAUUCUCAACGAGAAUGAACCCAAACCUGACCCAUAUUGGCUAAGAACAUUCUUCAAUUUCGCACCAGAAGAAGCUGCCAAGGUACCUUCUUAUGGCCACUGUGGAAUUUUGAGUCCUUUACUUGCUAAUAUAUGUCUUCAUGAAUUGGAUCUUGUAAUGGAAGAUAAGAUAGUUGAGUAUUUUAGGCCUUCCAAGCUUGAUUCAAUCUGGAAAGAUUCCAUUAAUGAUGGCUGUCAUAACCCAGCUUGGCCGGAGUUCGUUCCAGCUAGUGGCAAGGAAAAAACUAGAAAGAUGGAUUAUAUACGAUAUGGAGGGCAUUUCUUGGUGGGCAUUAGAGGGCCUAGAGAGGAUGCAGUGAGAAUUAGAAAGGAAAUCAUUGAGCUCUGUGAGAAUAUGUUUGGGAUAAGGUUGGAUAAUUCUAAGAUAGAGAUCGAACAUAUUAGCAGAGGAAUUCUAUUCUUGGAUCAUAUAAUUUGCCGUAGAAUAAUAUACCCUACUCUUAGAUAUACAUCCUCUGGUGGUACUAUUGUGAGCCAAAAGUGUGUUGGAACUUUGCUUUCUGUUACUGCUAGCUUGCAGGAAUGUAUACGCAAAUUCAGGCGGGUUGACCUCGUUAAGGGAGAUAGAGAUCCCGAACCACUGCCUUGCAAUCCAAUGCUGUAUUCAAGUCAAGCUCAUACAAAUUCACAGAUGAAUAAAUUCCUUGAGACCAUGGCUGAUUGGUAUCGAUAUGCUGAUAACAGAAAGAAAAUUGUUGGGUUUUGUGCAUAUGUUAUACGAAGCUCAUUAGCUAAACUCUACGCUGCUAGGUAUCGACUAAAAUCUCGAGCCAAAGUAUAUAGGAUUGCAUCGCGGAAUUUAAGCCGUCCAUUGAUAGAGAGUAGUAAUAAUUCAGCACCCGAGUAUUCUGAUCUUCUGAGAAUGGGACUUGUAGAUGCAAUUGAAGGUGUGCAGUUCUCCCGCAUGUCUAUGAUUCCCUCUUGUGAUUACACUCCCCUCCCUCGGAACUGGGUCCCAGAUCAUGAGAAGAUAUUGCGAGAGUACAUAAAGUUACAAGAUCCCGGGUUGUACUCUGAAUUGCAUAGUGUAGUCAAGAGACGAGGGUUGAGUUUGCCUCAAGAAGAGAUAUCUGAAAUUGUAUGGAGUUACAAAAUCCUUGGUUCCUGGCACUUUAAGACUAAUGAAGGAAAUGAAAUGGAAGGCGGUUGAAGAAAAAGUGGGAAGCAUGUUGUUAAGUUUGCCAUGUAAUACGAACUGAAUCGAACGACUUUCCAGAGUUGGUUCGUUGAGUGAGUUUGGCACACUUUUCUGGACAGGUCUGUAUUUUACUCUCGUUAAGAUGCAAAAUCACUGAAAUGUGAAGUGCAAACUCUCAUCAGUCCAUUGAGUUCUUUUGGUCAUUUGUUCCGUCGAUCAUAUUGAUUUGUUUUCAACCAAGAGAAUAAUUACAUUGAUAACGAAAUUGCAGAGAGGGAAACCAAGAGACAACAUCACACAAUAACAACGGAAGAGAGAGAAAUGCAUCUACACUUUGUGGAAUAAGAAAUCCAAGCCAGAAAACCGUAGGAAGUGCUUCUGAUUUUUCAGUUUCUACUCUUUGAUUGUAAAGAGAAAAAACAUAAUUCAUAUGAUUGGAUACACUUCUUAGGAACCAAACCAAGAAAACUAUAUUGCAUUAUCAAUGAGUAAUUUUUAUGCAAUAGCCUUUUGUAACAACUCAUCUCAAACUGAUUACCAUUAUACCACUAUUUUUUUAGUGUAAUAAGAAGUGGGGAUUCAUAUGUUGAUGUAUUCGGUCACUAACUUAUACGGUAUAUAGUUGAGUUAUGCUCACUUACACCAUUUCAUGCUAA